CUCAAUGCUAAUACACCUUUCACUUACAGAUUCGCUACAAUGUUCUUUUCUUCUUCUUCCUCCUCUCUCUUUCUCCUUCUCAUUUUACAAACCCUAACGUCGGUCUCUCUCUCCCAGCCAACGGUUCUCUCGGCGGAAAAGUGCGGUAAUUUCACCGUCUCCUUCCCCUUCCACCUCUCCGCCGGCGUCAGCUCCGCCGCCUUCCGCCUCUCCUGCACGAACUCUUCGCUGUUUCUCCACCUGGACCGCCGCAGCUACCGCGUCAUCGAGCUCUUCUCCGAUGGCCUCCUCGUGGACUUCCCUCUCUCCCCUGUGUGUCGCCAGUUCAACGACUUGAGCUCCUUCGCUUUCUCCGGCGAUGAGUACUUUGGAAUCUCCCUCGAAAACGUCGUCGGAUUGUACGACUGCGAGGAUUCGUCUCUGUGCAAGGCCGGUUGCGAGACCAAUGACCUCCCCGGCUGCGACAGCGGCGGCGGCGAUCUCGGCUGCUGCUACCCUUUGUCGGAUCAUAGCGCGUGGCGUGUCGGAGACGAGUUCUCGGUGUUCCGAAAGUACGGAUGCAGGGGAUUUUCUUCGUGGGCGGUUCCGCGAGGGACGAACAGUGGAAAACGAGGGGUUAAGUUAGAGUGGGCGAUUCCCAGAAACUCGUCGGCGGCUCUGUGUGAUCGUAAUGCUCGAACUGUUAACGCCACCGCCGUCGAAGGAGGCGUUCGAUGUGUUUGCCAAGAUGGGUUCGUCGGCGAUGGCUUCGUCUCCGGGACCGGAUGCUUGAAAUCUUGUUAUAAAGAUGGGAAGGAAGCGUUUGGGGAGAAAUGCGAUGGAAAGAGACAUCACGGGAAGAAGCUCACUGUCUUGGCCGGAGUUUUGGCUCCGGUAUUCAUCCUAGGCUCUCUGGUAGCAGUUUUUUGCCUCCUGAAACGUCCUACGGAUGACAAGGAAGAGUUCGAUGUAGAACAAGUCACGGGUUACAACUAUCACAGUUCCGUUUCAUUUCGCAAAGUUUGCAGAGCACGUCUAUUCGCCUACCGAGAACUCGAGGAUGCCACCAAAACGUUUCAAGAUUCGCAUAAACUAGCCGAAGGCAAAAAUGGAACGAUUUACACGGGGAAUCUGGUGGAUGGUUCAACUGUAGCAAUCCACAAGAUCCAUUGCGAAAACCAGAGAGAGCUUGUGGAGAUUUCUUCACAGAUUGAUCAUCUUUCAACAGUUUUCCAUAAGAAUCUCGCGAGAAUCAUAGGUUUCUGUAUGGAUUGUGGGUAUACUCCUCUUGUGGUUUACGAGAAUCCGGGGAACGGUACACUGGAGGAUCAUCUCUAUCCGCGUGAAAGCAAAACAGAACAAGGGCUUGAUUGGUUCAAGAGAGUAAACAUUGCGGCAGAAGUAGCCGGUUUACUCGCUUUUCUUCAGUACGAGACUUACCCUCCGAUACUCCAUGAAAACAUCACCCUUUCCUACAUCUUCUUGGACGAUGACUUCCACGCCAAGGUAUCAGGUUUCGGGUUACAAACCAAACUUGGUCCUAAAACUCUGCGUGAGAAUCUUCGGACACAGAAUAACAACAUGUACAGUUUCGCUCUUCUGCUUCUGGAGAUCAUUACGGGAUUGAACAUGAAGCAGGAAACGGUAACGCAGGUCCUGCAGAAGAUGAGAAGCGGGAAGCUAGAGGAGAUUGUAGAUCCAUCGCUGUACUAUCACGAGCAGCCACUGAUGUUCAGGGAGCAGAUAGGGUUAGUAGCUGAUAUAGCGACGAGGUGCAUUCUGUUCGGGGGAGAUGGGAAAUUCGGGAUGGUGGAUGCCUCGAGAGAGUUGAUGCAGAUUGUCGGAGGCGGUGGAAAGAAAGGAGAUGGAAUCGAGGAGACGUUCUCGAACUCGAGCCUGCUUCAGAUGAUCUCCAUGUCUCCUGAUUCUGUCUAUCUCCCGAAAACUUGAUCAAUGACAUCGAAUGAUAUGUAUCUUUAAUCGCUUUGAAGAAAACGUUUGUUUAAAUUUUUCACCAUUUGAUCUCUAAUCCAACUCAAAGAUUACGA